AUGAAGGAACAUUGUUCAAAGGCCUUUUUUAUUAUUUAUUUUUCAGAAAAAGAUUAUGGCCAGUCCAUAACAUACUACACAGAAGCUAUAGAAUUGAAUCCCUACGUCACUGCUUACUGGGGCAACAGAAGCUUUGCCUACAUAAAAACAGAGUGUUAUGGCUAUGCCCUAAAUGAUGCCAGCAAGGCCCUUGAAUUGGACAAAACUUACAUUAAGGCCUACUACAGGAGGGCAUCUGCCAACAUGGCUCUUGGAAAGUUCAAACUGGCGUUAAAGGACUUUGAAGCAGUGACAAAGGCCAGGCCAAGUGAUAAAGAUGCUCAAAGAAACUAUCACGAAUGCAAUAAAAUUGUGAAGAGACAGGCCUUUAUGAAAGCCAUCAGUGUGGAUGACCAUAAGAAACCUGUUGCUGUGACAAUUGAGGAGGAAUUGGCCAAUAUGGUAAUUGAGGAUGACUACCAGGGACCUUGUAUAGGAGAAGAGGGGAUCACACUACAGUUCAUGAAAGAUCUGAUAGAAACUUUUAAACAACAGAAAAAAUUACAUAGGAAAUAUGCUUAUCAGAUACUAGUUGAGGUUAAGAAAAUAUUUAUGUCUCAGGCCUCAUUGGUGGAUAUAACAGUGCCAAAGGGGAAGAAGUUCACAAUAUGUGGUGAUGUCCAUGGCCAGUUUUACGACCUGCUGAAUAUAUUUGAACUGAAUGGGCUCCCCUCAGAAGAGAACCCUUACCUGUUUAAUGGAGAUUUUGUUGACAGAGGCUCCUUUUCCGUCGAGUGUAUACUUACAUUAUGGGGAUUUAAACUUUUAUAUCCCAGUCAUUUUUAUAUGUCAAGAGGAAAUCAUGAGAGUGAGACAAUGAACCAGAUGUAUGGUUUUGAUGGAGAAGUGAAAGCAAAGUAUACUAAUCAAAUGGCAGAACUGUUCACAGAAGUUUUCAACUGGCUACCUCUAUCCCACCUGAUAAAUGAAAAGAUUUUAGCAAUGCAUGGAGGACUAUUCAGCGAAGACAAUGUGACAUUGGAUGACAUCAGGAAAACAGACAGAAACAGACAACCUCCAGAUUCAGGUAUUAUGUGUGACCUGCUUUGGUCUGAUCCACAGCCCCAGCCAGGUAGGUCAGCCAGCAAGAGAGGGGUCGGCUGUCAGUUUGGUCCAGACGUCACAAAAAAAUUCCUUGAGAACAAUAACCUUGAAUAUAUUGUCAGAAGCCAUGAGGUGAAAAAUGAAGGUUAUGAAGUUGCACAUGAUGGAAAGUGCAUCACCGUUUUCUCAGCACCUAAUUACUGUGAUACCAUGGGUAACAAGGGGGCAUUUAUAGUUAUACGAGGAGAUGAUCUUACUCCACAGUUUACAUCCUAUGAGGCUGUGCCACAUCCAAACGUCAAGCCCAUGGCAUAUGCAAAUUCACUGCUGAGCAUGUUUUAGAUCAACAUUUCAACAUCAACAGAACUGAAUAGGAUUUUCCUUCCAUUUUCAUAACACUUCAUCUGAUCUUCCAUUAUAUAUAUCUCAUUGAAUGGAUUCACAGAAAAUAACGUCCCAUUGGCAGUUACCAAGAUUGCAUAGGAAAAACAGCUGAAACUGAUAUACUAUGUUUCCAGCCAUUUAAUACUUUUAAUUUACAGUUAAGAUUACCUAGCUCUCUUGAAACAGUUGUGUGAAGUUCCUGAAAAUUCAGAAGUUAAAGUAAUUGUGUAAAUUGUAUUUCUGAUGGUAUCCCACAGAUGGAAACAUGACCAAGUAGAUAAUUACAAACAGACCUUGAGAAUCAUCAGAUUAUAUUAGAAAUGUCAGCAAAAUAAGUCGAUGUAAUCGCAAAAUUAUUGUAAACACAAUUUUUUUUCAUAUAUUUAUUUAUUUAUUCAUUUAUUAUUAUUAUUUUUUUUUUUUGGGGGGGGGGGUCCCUUAGAUCCAAGCACAGUUUGUCUACCUUAUUAUCCCAUCGUUGGUCAGUUUCCUUUUUUCACGAAAGAAGAUGGAGAAAUCCUCUAUGAUUAAUUACGGUGUUACCAUGGUAAUAAAAUAGUGAUACAAGUUAUUGAAGAAAUCUAUUGAUCUCAGGCCAUCGUUGACUUAUGGGUAUUAAAGUGUACACUAAGAUUGUAAACAAUACAAAUCAAACAAUGAUGCUUCAGGCAUAUCUGUCUUCAAUUUUAAAUACCAUUUACUAUCAAGAGCCUUAGAGUUGGGAGCACGAAUGCCAAAAUUGACAAUUAGAGGCACAAUUUCAGUGCUCGAUGUAAUAUUAGUAGCCACAAGCACAGCGUCAAAAAGGGCUGGCGAUUUGUCCAGCUUUCAUCCAGGUCUCUGGCUGUUCACAUGUGGCUUCCUUUAUUAAACCCAGGACUAUUUGCAAUACGGCAAAGAUACCAAAAACAGCAUGUAAGCUCUUUUGAUGACAGUUUCCACCAACUUGCAUAUAUGUUUUCAUGGAUUUACUUUAUCUUUAGAAAAAAUAACAAAGAAAAACAAUAAAAAGCACCAAGCAAAUCAAACUUAAGUAUUCCUAUAAUCUACUAUCCAUACUGUAUAUUAAUACGGUAAUGCAGCAAUGAGCUCUCAACAAUCUCCAGCGUGUGUAUAUGGAACAGGUAGGUGACCGUUUUUGGCCAGCUUUCAUAGCCUUGUGCUCGUGGCUGCUAAUUUUACAUUCCUGCUAUGAAAUCGUGGUUCAAAUCCGAGUUGGCAAAUGGCUUAUCCAUUUACAUAACCAUUUGAGACUGUUUUGCAUGUUCUUAAGGUAGAACUUGUGUCCCAAUAAGAACAUGCUUCAUGAAUAUUCUUGAUGGUAGAGGCAUCCCUAUGGGCAACCUAGGGCUAGUAGUUGAUGACAAUGGAAAUUAUUUUUUGCAUACUAUUGAAAUAAAGAAAUCAUUGCGUCA